GUUACGAGUCCUGCGGGCGCAAGCUCAGUUUUACUCUUCCAGUCCCUAGAAGUCUGUUUGUGAAAGGUGAGCGACCCGUGGGCAGGAGCCGAGCCGGUCUAGGACACUUCACUAUGGCACUCCUGUUUCGCCUUCUGCGCCCGGGGCUGAGUUCGUGUGUUCCUCGGUUAUUAACAAAUGGCUUUGGGACCCUUUCAACAGUUAAAGUAACAAGCCAUCCGAAUGAAACGCCAUCAGAAGAGGCCACAAAGGCUAUCAGUCGUUAUCCUGUUCCUUACAAAAAGGACCUACCUUUUGAUAUAGUGGAGCUCAUGGAAGAGGUAGAAAAAAAAACUGGAUUUUUACCGAAUGUCUUUAAGGUGUUAGCACAUCGACCUGGGGAAUUCAGAGCAUUUUUUGCUUACUAUAAUGCCAUUAUCAACAAAGAAACAGGACAUCUCAGCAAGGCUGAUAAAGAACUCAUCAUCGUAGCUACAAGCGUUAGUAAUAGGUGUCCCUACUGUGUAAUUGCCCAUAGUGCUCUACACAGAAUAUAUUCCAAAAAUGCCAUUCUGGCUGAUCAGGUCAUCGUUAAUUGGAAAAAGGCCGAUUUAUCACCUCGAGAGUUAGCUAUGCUAGAAUUUGCUCUUGCUGUUAGUCGGGCUGAUGAAAUAACAGAAGAACAUUUUAAAAAGCUGGAAUUGCAGGGCUUUGAUCGAGAAGAUGCCUGGGACAUAGCUUCCAUUUCUGCUUUCUUUUCUAUGUCUAAUCGUAUUGCUCAUUUUAUUGACCUGAUACCCAACAAAGAAUUUUAUUCAUUGGGUAGAACAAAUGAUCAAGAUCUGUAAGGGUAUAAUCCAUCACAGGGGCACCAUAAAAUGUGUGUAUUUAUUUUAUUUGUGUAAAUUAUGGUAUGCCUAUUAAUAAGUUUUCCCGUAAUACUUAGUUUAUAUACACAAUGGGAAAUAAACUAAUUUACUAUUCUUCCUGGUAAUAUUGCUUUUGCUGAGUUCAUCACAAUUAAUGGUAAUUGUUGAAAUUUGAUGAAAUUUAGCACUUGUAUAAGGCCUUUUACUUAUUAUGAUAAAAAUUAUCUUCAUUUCCAGCUAUCCCUCCAAUUUUCUCCUUUUCAUAACAUUCCCUUAUUUAAAAAAAAAAAAAAGAUUAAAAAACAAUAACAGUCCAGCAACCAACACAUUGACUGAAUCUGACAAUAGAUGCAACAUUUCACAUCUAUUAUCUCCAACCCCUUCUAUGAAGGGAGGGAGGUACAUUUUCUGAACUCCUUUCUGGGGCUAAGCUUGAAUUGACAUUGCUGUCAUAAUGUGUACUUUGCUGAUUCAUUUGCCUUCACUCAUAAGUCUUCCUACGUUUCUCUUUUUUUUGGUGGUACAGUAGUAAUGCAUUUUGUUCAUGUGCAACAAUAUAUUGAGCCAUUUCCUAAUAAUUGUGUUGGUAUGCUAUUACUUUUAGAUGAUCUAAAAGAAACAUUUGGAGGAUAGGGAAGCAGAGAUGAGACUCAGGAAAAUUCUGAUAAGAAUUGAUAACCAACUAUAUCAAAUUAGCCAUUUUAAUUUAAGCCCUUAGAUUUAAGACUUGUUAUUUUCUAACAGCUCUUUUACCAUUAGAUAAAAAAUGAGUUUGUUUAAAAUAUAAACAUGAUUUGCAGCUAAUUCUUUUUUGAAAUAGAUAUAGGGACUUUCAAAUGUCAGUAUGAGUAGAUCUAUUUUAUUUUAACAUUUAACCUAUUUUAUGAUACCUUUUCCCAUCCCCACUGGGUAUUCUUUCAUAGUUGACCAACUUCCAGUAACGUUUACAAAUGGUUUGUGAAAUCAGUCAUUUAGAUUGGAUUUUAAUCCACAAAUAACUAUUCUUUUAGGUUUAAAUGAGGGUUGUUUGAAAGGUGUAGGAGCUCAUAUCAUAGGCCAAUAGCAAUUUCUUUUAUUGAAACAAUUCUUUAAAGAUUUAUUUUACAGGGAAAUUGGUUCUAUAUACUUUACAUUUGUAUGGUUCUCUUUCAUAGCUUGUAUGUGGUUAUAAGAAUUAUAUUUAAUCUACAUAAUCUACAUAUUUCUCUAUUCAUACCUUUUAUCAUUAUUUUCUGAAUUAGUAAACAAAUCAUAAUCAACUUUGAGAGCCGAGAUAUUAAAGAUUUGAUUUAACUGUGAAAAAGAUUUAACUUAAGUCUGUGAAGAAAGUCAAAUGUGAGGGAAUUGUUAUAACUGUACCUCAAAUAUUGUACCUCAUGAAAUACAACCUUUUAAUGUAGGCUUAAUUUAAUUUCACAAAUAAAAUUAAUUGAUGAAUGUGUAA